GUGACGUUUCCAGCGGCUGGCAGGGGCGCGGAUCUCUACCUCAAUCUUCUGUGUCCCUUGCUGCCGUGGACCAGCACGUUCGGCGAGAGUUCUCACUGCGGAAUGCCUUAGAGGCAAGGCGUACACGCGACAAAACGAUGGCCUACGCACUCGUCCUCCCGCUCGCAUGCGCCGCUCUGACUCUGGCGAGCCCCACCCUUUCAGCACCCGCACAGGAAAUACCGGCUGUUCCUAGCUUCAUUUGCCAUCAAAAUUCCAUAGCCAUCUGGAACUUCCUCGUCUACAUCACCACCAACUACAUUACACACGCAGCAGCUGUCCCAAUUUCAGCGGAGGUCGGCCGAUAUACGGAACGAGUGACACGUCGGGACCGGGGUUACUGGACGCAAUUGAUCUCGCUAUUCCUGCCUUUCGGGGCACUCGCGAGGACAAUCAUUCUCAUCGCGGAACACGUACGGUGCAAGGGCAACGAUGUCCUCGCAGCACUGCACCACGGCGCACUUCUCGUCGUAGUCCGCUCCCCCGGGUGGGAGCCACCAACUAGCGGAGAGAUCGUCUUCGCCCAGCUCCCUCCCGGUACCGACAACGAGAAGGCUGAGUAUGUGUUACAACCUCAUCACGCCCCUCCGUCGGUUGACUGUUCGAUCAGUCCGGAUCACGAUCCCUGUCCGUACGCAGUCAUCAUCGUCGACAGCCUCGACGACCAAAGGGAAACCCACUGGCUCAUCAAAGACCUCAGGAAUCGCAGCAUCCAUGGACACAUCCAGGUGCCCCUGGGAUACUCUCUGGCGGUCCCGGCAGACAAGUCCUACACCGAGCACCUCAUCGCGCGCGACCUCAACCCCACGAAGAACAUCAAGAUCCACCGCGCGUCGGGCGUCAUGCAGAUGCUCGUCUCCGUCGUCCAGAUCAUCGCCGCGACGUACACACUCUACUCCACGGAGGGCGCGCAGAUCGAGACGUGGGGGUACGCUGCGUACGGCCUGUCCGUGUUCCCCUACGCGCUGAUGUCGGUCAUGAACAUCCUCUGUGCGUCGAUCGUCGGCGAGUAUGCGAGCGGACACGUCCUCCGUACCCCGAUCCUGCACGAGGCGGAGCGCCGCGGUGGGCACUUUGACGGCGCAGUCGGGACGGUGCGCAAGGUGCCUAAGCCAGUCGUGGGCGACGCGAGCUCCACGGGCUACGUCGCGGUGCAUAUGCAGACGAUCGAGGACGAAGACAAUCCCUCCGACAGGAAGCUCGUCGUGACGACGCCCGCAUGGGAGAGAGAAUUCACGCUUUGUACAGAGGACAGCGAAGAGGCGUGCCGCGCCUCGCGCUUCACCGUCUCCUCGCUGCGGCACGACGGCGCGGCGGACAACCCCGAGGUCGCUCGACACCGCGCGCUCAAGCCAGUCGAGGUCUUCAUAACCCUCACGCUCUUCCUCGCCGCCAUGACCCUCCCGCACGGGCUGCUCUACGCGCUCACGCGCUUCCGCACGGGCCACAGCACGGUCGCCCAGCGCGCGUGGAUGACGGCGUGGCUCGCGGCGGACCAGCUGUCAUCCCUGGGCACGCUCGUCUUCUGGGUUGUCUGGAAGCGCGUAGGCUCUGUCGUACCCGUGAGUGUGCAUUAUGUGGGCGUCGCGCUGCUCGUGGCGGCGUCGGCUGGGGGCUUUGUGACGAUGUCGGAGAUGUACCUUCAGGAUCAGGGACUCGGCACUUGCAGUUCCUGACGUGUAUGGGCUGCUGGUGGGUGAGGUCUCCAUGCUGUCGACGCACUCAGACUAUCGGUGCUACCGCAACAUCCCUGGGCCCUCUCCCGUGUAC